CCUCACUUGUGUCACUUCUAACGAAGUAUUUGUGUGACGACCCCUCAGAUAAAUAAUGACAAGUGUUUUUAAGAAGCAUAUUAAUGGGUCUAAAUAAUAGGAACCAUGUCAGGUUUAUUAGCGAGGGCUUUAUUUUACCCCACACUGGCGUACAAUGUGUUGAUGGAGAAAGUGUCGUCUCGGCGGUGGUUUGAUCGUGUGGACCACACUGUCAUUUUGGGUGCUCUUCCCUUCAGGUCCAUGACUGAACACCUGGUUCAAGCAGAAAAUGUUCGAGGGGUGAUCACUAUGAACGAAGAAUAUGAAACAGUGUUUUUCUGUAAUUCAGCAGAGGAGUGGCAAGCCGAAGGUGUCGAGCAGAUCAGACUCAGCACAGUGGAUCUGACAGGAGUUCCCAGUCUGGAACACAUUCACAAAGGGGUUGAGUUUGUUCUGAAACACCGUGAUCAGGGCACCAGUGUCUACAUCCACUGCAAAGCAGGACGUUCUCGCAGUGCCACUCUGGCUGCUGCCUACCUCAUCAGGAUCCACUGCUGGAGCCCAGACAAGGCCUGUAACUCGUUAGCAGCCGUCCGACCGCACGUCCUGAUCCGAUCUGCUCAGCGUGACGUGCUAGACAAGUAUCAUCAGCAAGUGUGUGGACCAGAGUCAUGAUGUGUUGUAUACAAAUUCCUGUGUUCCUGUGGUCUAGCUUGUGGCCUGUUUGCAAUCAGCAUGCAAUCUUUUUUUUUUUUUUUAAAUUAAGCAUUUUAUUUCCCUUACUGAUAUGUUAAUUUCUACACACACGUGUGUAUACGUGAGCUUGUGAAAAGGAAAGAUUUGUGUACAAUGUCUUUAUUCUUUGUACUUGUCUGUUCAGUGUUGAAACAAUUAAAUAUUUUACAAGUUGUCCUA